UCAAACCCUUCGAUUCAGCGUUUUGCAGACGAGAGCAGGGCAGGGAAGGAUAAAGGGAACAUUCUUGGAUUCAUCAGAAACGGGCAGGGCGCCGAUAGGCAGUUCGAUUGGUUUGUGCCUGACAAGGCGAACGGGCUCACGCAGGCAGGGCUCUCACGUUUGAAUCAGUCAAUCGAGGCCUUCGUGUACUGCAUUUUCGGCGCACAGGUUAAUGUGCGCAGCAGCAUUCUUGGUGAUGGAGGCCGGUCGAAAGAAGCGCAGAGCGAGUUUCUCACAUUGUUGGAGGACGCUAUCAGCCAGUCAAUCUGGCAAGCGCGUGCAGCGCUACCAGUUGGCUGUAUACAAGGCAAAGGUGAGACUUGA